UGUUUAUUAUGAAAACUGUUGAUUGCAUACAAAGCUGCUUGAAUAUUGACCAGUAACGGUGUUAUCAAGAAAGUAGUGAAUUGACAUUAACGGAAUUAUCAAGGGCGUAUCGUAAAAAAAAUAAUUUUAAACCAUUAGUUUAUAGUGCAAUCGUAAAAAUGCGUAAAAGUUCGGCAUCGAGGCGUCGGUCCUCGUCAAAUCCUGGUAGAAUAUCCUCUACCAAACCAAAUCCUCCUGGUAAUUCAGACACAAUGAUCCCGAAACCGAGAAUUCGCAGCUUCUCAACCGACAGGUUGAGCGGAAUGCGAAAAUCGAAUCUCAGGCCAACAACAGGUGCUAAAUUAUCUAUGGGAACAUAUUCAGCAGGUUCAUCUGCUAUAUCUCCAAUGCCAAAUAAUCGCUACACACAUCUAAUGGACAAGAAUUCAAGACCUUCUCUUAUGGAUCAAGGUAGCAGAGGAAGACCAUCGACGAUUGACCAAAAAGGAUAUACUACGCCCAAAGCGAGCAGCUCAAGACCUCAAACAAAUGAUGGCAGAAAUGUCAGAGCAUCUUCUGCAGAAAGAGCGAGUCAGCUUGCUCCAAAAGGACCCAAAAAAGAUCAUCGUCCACUCAAUGAUAAGAAUUAUCAAAAUGAAAUGGUAUUGAAAGUAGAAAGAUAUUUUCAGUCCAUAGAUCAAAGUACUAUUAUAACAAAUAAUAUUAAGCCUCUUACAUUAAAAACUUUUGUUGAAGCUACCAAUUUACUAGUUAGGUUGUUAGAUAUAAAACAAGCUCUUACCAUAAAUAAUUAUAUUGAAGAAAUCCCUAAAAUUGCCAAGAAACUUCAUUAUCCAGGAUCAAUGACUAAAUCAUGGCUAAAAACUGCUUACACUAUGCAUUCUUGGCCUCAUGCAAUUGGAUGGCUCUCUUGGCUUGUUGAGCUUUGUGAAGUAAAAGAUCUGGCUAGUGAACUAUUCAUUUUGGAAAGAUUACCCAUAGUUGGUGAGACAGAAGAAGAAAGAGAAAAUCGAAGACAUGUUUUUUCCUUAAUGAUACAAUGUUACAAAGCAUGGAAUGAAGAGAACCCUCAAGAUGAAGAAAGAAUCAUGACCCAAUUUUUUGAUGAAGAAGCAAAUAGAAGAGGAAUUAAUCUUGAAAAAUAUGACGAAGCUCAAAGGGAACUUCAAGAAGUUCAAGAACAAUUAAAAAAAGAGCAGGCCAAAACUGACAUAAUAAAUGAGGAAGUAAAUGAAUUGAAGUCUAUAUUAAAUAACAUGAAAAUAGAUUAUAAAAAACAACAAGAACAUAUGGUAGAACAACAGCGAUAUAUAGAGAAAAAUAUUAAAGAAAUUGAUCAAUUUGAAAAAGACUCAAUGAUGUUUGUGAAGGAUAUUGAAAAUCUUGAAAAAACAAGAGAUGAACUUAGAAGUCAGAUAAAGCAACAACCUAUGUCAGUUAGUGAGCGGGAUGAAAUUGUCAAAGCUUGCACUGAACAGCAGACUUAUAUCCAAAACUUUGAGGUUCAUUUGGAAGAAAUUAAAAAAGAAUCUUAUUCUAUAGACAUAAAACUUGUUUCAUCAAACACAAAUCUUGUUAAAGCUAUUCUGGCAUACAAUCAAGCUUUAUUUAUGGAAUUCAAUGACUCCAACAUUAAUGUAGAUAAAUUUUUAAUGCCCGAGAAUGGAAUUUGUGGAUCCGAUUUUAUGGAGAUAUUAGAAAAUAAAAAAGCUUUAAUGAAUGAAUUUAUGAGAGAGAGAACUAUAGAAUUGAAUAAAAAAGUAAGACUUCUUGAAUCUCAUAACAAAGAAAUAGAGGCAUUACAGGCUAAAAGAGAUGCACUUUCUGAAAAAUUAGAAAAAAAGAAAGCAACUGACCAGAUGAAAAAGCAAGAAAUUAAUGCUCAGGAAAAUAAAAAGAAAGAAAGAUUGAAAAAGUUGCAAAAAAAUAUAGCGGAAUUAAACGAACAAAUAAAUUUACUUUCAGCUGAAACUGAAAAAGUAAAUCAAGAAAUAAUUGAUCUUACAGAUAAAAAAGAUGCUGUCUUGCGAAAAUACAAGCACAUGAAUGAAUCUGCUAAAACUUUCUUUAGUCAAGUGAAUACUGUUUUAAAUGAACAUCGAGGAGAAGUAAAAAAAUCACUUGAAAAAUGCAGUGAUUUUUGUGACAAAAAAUAAAAAAAUUACUUGCAAAAUGCAGUGCUAAACAAAGUAUUAAAUUGCUUUCAAAUUGCAGUAUUUGUACAAUAUCUUUAAUGAAUAUGAAAAUAUAAUCGAUGUAACCCCAAUUGUAUAGCAUAACUUAGCUCUCACGAA